GCCACCAACAAACACACAUAAACAGAGACACCUGUACACACACACAGACAUGUACAUACACACACACACACAGAAACAUGUACACACACGCACAGAGACACAUGUACACACACACACACACAUACAGACACAUGUAUACACACACAAACAUAUGUACAUACAUACACAGACACACGUACAGACACGCAUACACACAGAUACAUGUACAUACAUACACAGACACAUGUACAUACAAACACAGACACAUGUACAUACAUACACAGACACAUGUAUGUACAUACACACACAUGUACAUGCACACACAUGCAGACACAUGUACACACACAUACAUGUACAUACACGCAGACACAUGUACAUGCAUACACAGACAAACACACACACACAUGUACACACACACACCCUAUAAAUAGUUGCAAUACUUCGUUGUUCACUCACAGAGCCGGGUACUGCAGUCUAGGGGGAGGCAGAGAGCACAGCACACACUCUUUUCUUUGCUUUCACUGCGCUCAGCUAUUGAGCAGUCUGAUGGCUCCCAGUGACAAGGACAGAUCCGGCCUGAGCUCCAAGCCUGCUCAGCAAGGCGGCCCUGGGGGACACAGUCGCCCCCACCAUAAUUUCCACUCGCCAUUGGUGAGCAGGCAAGUGGAAAUUUCA